AUGGGUGCUUGUAAAUCAACUCAAUUCGGUUGUUGUAUAGCUAUUGAUCAUGAUGAGUCGAUAGUUCUUAAUAAGCCAACAGGUAAAGAAAUCCGCAAUGGUCCUGGCUGGUUUUGUUUUCCGAAUUGGUGGGAGGCAAGAGUUGUUAAAUCAAUCGCAUUGCAAAAUAAUCAAUUUAUAAUAGUUAAACAUAUUAUUGAUCCAAAUGACACAGGUAAAUCUCAUAGUCAACACGAUAUACCUUUAAUGAAGAGAAUAACUACAACUGAAAAGGACGAUCUAUUGACUGAUUCUGAAAUGAAAUUAAUUGAAAUUAUACGUGGACCACAAAUUUAUAAACGUAGAAAUCCUUAUGAUCACAUAAGUGAAAUAAAAUCAAUGCUUAAUUUAUCAUCAACACAAUAUGUUAUUGUAACCGAUAAAGGUACAGGAGUGAAACGAGUUGAAUGUGGUCCACAACUAUUUUGUCCAAAGCCUUAUGAUGAAAUUGGAGAAAUUCAAAAUAUGUACAAUUUAUCAUCAACACAAUAUCUUAUUGUUACGGAUCAAUCAACUGGAGAAAGAAGUACAGUUACUGGUCCAAAAUUAUUUUUACCAAAAGCCUAUGAUCAAAUUUCACCGAUAUAUAGUUAUGUCGUUCUUAAUCAUACACAGUAUUGCCGAAUAAUCGAAAGUCGUACAGGUGUUAUGCGUAUUGAAAAAGGUCCAAAAACAUUUGCACUUGGUCCAUAUGAAGCAUUAAUGAGAAUUGAUAAUCAUGAUAUAUUUGACAUAAUAAAUAUUGAUACAGAGAAUGCUGUACUUGUCAAAAAUCUUGAUACAGGUCUUGAUGAAUUAAUAACAACGCCACAAAAAUUCAUCCCAUCAUUUACACAAAAAUUCAUGGAAAUAAGAAACUUAAUUAAAUUAGCACCAUAUGAAAAUAUGAUAUUAAUCGAUAAGGAUGGUCAACAUAUAUUAAAAAAUGGUAUUAAAGAUAAGUCAUUUUUUAUCUAUCCCUAUCAACAAAUUUAUAUGCAACAAUGGUCGAAUGAUCUUAAAAAGGAUCACCGUUCAACUGUUCAAGUCGAUCGAUUUGAUACAAGAAAUCAAUAUAUGGAUUAUGAAUUUCUUGUUCGUACAGCAGAUAAUGUUGAAAUCAUUCUUGAUGUUUCUAUUUUUUGGCAAAUUACAGAUUUAUAUAAACUUGUUCUUGUUACACAAGAUCCACCGGAAGAUAUUUGUAACCAUACUCGUUCUGAAAUACUGAGCCAAGUAUCAAAAUAUAACAUGAAAGAGUUCAUGGAAUUGCCAAAUAGUAAAUUAAUUUCUUCAGUCAAUUCGGAUAACAAUGAUUCAUUUUAUGAAUCGCGAGGUGUUAAUGUAAUUCGUGUAGAGGUCCUACAAAAACGUUGUAAAGAUCCAGAAAUUCAAAAGAUCUUUAAACAAAUUAUAGAUGAAAAAACCAAUCGUAUAAAAAAUAUUGAAAAACAAGAAGCUGAAAAUGAAAUUAAAUUACGUGAUUUAAAUGGGCAGAUUGAAGCAGAAAAAUUAGUUGGAACAUUAUUAAAAAUUAAAAAAGAAAAUGAACGGCAAGAAAAUCAAGCUGACGGUAUUGCUGAAGGUAGUCGUAUACAAAAUUUUAUUGCCAAUCUUGGUGACGAUAUGCCAUUAGAAAAAAAAUUACAAAUUUAUUUCGAUGUGCAAAAUACGAAACGCUUAGAUUUAUUGUCACAAUCAAAAACAACAUUAUAUUUAACACCAAAAGAUGUUGAUACAAAAGUCAUUAACCUUAAUACAAUGUAUCCGCCUAAUGCUACUCCGAUUCCAACGGAUGUUAAAGCAAAAAUAAGCCUUGACAUUUAA